UGAAAAAGAAAAAGAGAAGAGUUUGGCUAACGCGUGACUGUCUGAACCUUUCAUCAUCUAAACUUUUUGCCGCAACCAUCUUUUCUCUUCUCUAUUUCUUUUACACAGCUAUGGGUUUUUUGGUUUAUUCAUUAAGACAGCGUGUGUCUGUCAAUCAAUACGUUGCUCGUCGCUAUUAUACAUCUGAUAUCACCGCGAAAGCGAUGGUAUACUCUGACUAUGGCCAGCCUUCCCAGGUAUUGAGAAUGCACUCGUUCAAGCUUCCUGCCUUGACGGCUGACACAGUUCACGUUAAAUUUCUUGCGUCACCUAUCAAUCCAGCCGAUGUCAAUAUGAUACAAGGUGCUUAUCCCAUCAAGCCGAUGAUGCAAAAAUUAGGCGAUAGUGAAUUGGCUGUAGGUGGUAAUGAAGGUGUAGCCGAAGUGAUUGCUGUAGGUGAACAAGUGAAAGACUUGAAGGUGGGUGAUCAAGUAGUGAUGGCUAAAUCAGGCUAUGGUACUUGGCGCACGCAUGCUGCUGGUUUAGCUUCGGAUUUCCAGUUGCUCCCCAAGAUUGAAGUACCCUUGAUUCAAAAGGCAACAAUGACAGUGAACCCGUGCACGGCUUAUAGAAUGUUGAAGGAUUUUGUUAAAUUAAAUCCAGGUGAUUAUGUUAUACAAAAUGGUGGCAACAGUGCUGUAGGCCAAGCAGUGAUUCAGAUAGCUAAAGCAUGGGGUUUAAAUACAAUUAAUAUUGUAAGAAAUAGGCCAGAGCUCGACCAACUGGUAAAUGAACUAGAGGAAAUUGGUGCAACCCACGUUAUUACAGAUGAGGAGUUAGGCAGCCAUGAAAUGAGAAAGCGUAUCAAAUCCUGGGUAGGAGAUAAACCACCUCUCUUGGGCUUAAACUGUGUAGGUGGUAAACCUGCUACUGAAAUGGCAAGAUAUUUAGGUACGAAUGGUCAAUAUGUAACAUAUGGUGCAAUGUCCAAGAGUCCGUUGACAUUACCUGCAUCACUAUUAAUUUUUAAAAAUAUUUCCUUUCAUGGCUUCUGGGUUUCUAAAUGGGCCGAAAUCCAUAAACCAGAGGAACGAUAUGCCAUGUUUGAAGAUGUCAUGGAACUGAUGAAGCAAGGAAAGCUGAGGGAACCUAAAUGGACAAGAGUUGAAUUUGAACAAGAAGAAAUGAAGAAGGCUGUUGACUUGGGAAUAUCAGGUUUCUCAAAGGGUAAGCAGGUGGUUAUGUUCUAA